CAGUCUCUCUCCCUCUCUCUCUCCGUCCGUCCGGACGGGAGCAAGGCCGCGAGACUGGCGGCCGGCUUCCAAACCAGCCGGGAUUCGAUUUCGGUUUCGGUUCUGGUUCUGGUUCUGGUUCUGGUUUGGUUUCCCGCAGGAGCCAGCGGAGGCGGAGUGCGGAUUUCGUUUCGCCACGCUGGUUAAUGCUUUCCAGAAUUGCUCGCCCGCUGGGGCCGCCGCCGCUCUCCUCCUCCUCAUCCCCCCCGCUGCCGAUGCCGGCGUUUACUUCUUGCCUCUUUCGCGCGGCCCCACCGCCCCGGCGCGCCGUUGCCUGCUAAGCCCCGCAACCCCUCGCCGCUGCUCGGCCGAUCGGUCCGUCAGUCAAUCCCGGCCCCAGGAUCGGAGUUCCCCCGGGACGGGGCCCAUGCCGACGGGUUUGGUCGCGCAUUUAUAGCCCUCCCUCCCUCCCUCCCUUCCUUUCCCUGCUCGCUCCCAGAUUGAUCCUCCUCCCUGCCCUCGCGCCGCAAAUACCUGACAGGCGCGCGGAUUUGGGGGGCGGCGGCCGGGAUGGGCUGCUUCGGGUGCUUCGCGCCGGCGGCCCGCCGAGGCGCCGGCGACCUCAAGCCCUCCAAGCUCGCCCACCACUGCACCGACGACGACUCAGUCGCCGACGCGCAGAGGAAGGUGGCGCCGGACGUGGGGAGCGGCUGCGCCCACAGCUUCACCUUCAAGGAUCUGCUGGUGGCCACCGGCUACUUCAACGAGGCCAACUUCAUCGGCGAGGGCGGCUUCGGCAAGGUGUACAAGGGCAAGAUCUCCAAGACCAACCCGCAGGGCGCUUCCGAUGCGCAGAUGGUGGCGGUGAAGCAGCUGGCCCGGGAGAGCGUGCAGGGGAGGAAGGAGUUCCUGGUGGAGGUGCUCAUGCUCACGGUGCUCAGCCACCCCAACCUCGUCAGCCUCGUCGGCUUCUGCGCGCAGGGGGACGAGCGGCUGCUGGUCUACGAGUACAUGCCCUUCGGCAGCCUCGAGAGCCACCUCUUUGAUGUGCCUCAUGGCAAGCCACCACUGGACUGGAACACGCGAGUGAAGAUAGCUGUUGGGGUAGCAGAAGGGCUCUCGUACCUGCACAACGUGGCAGACCCACCGAUCAUUUACCGCGACAUGAAGGCUGCCAAUAUUCUGCUGGAUGAGGACUUCAGUCCAAAGCUUUCCGAUUUUGGACUCGCGAAAGUUGGCCCCGUUGGUGACAGGACCCAUGUCUCUACCAGGGUCAUGGGUACCUAUGGAUACUGCGCCCCUGAUUACGUGGUGAGUGGCAAGCUCACCAUGAAAUCCGACAUCUACAGCUUCGGCGUUCUUCUGUUGGAGCUGAUCACUGGGAGAAGGAUCUAUGAUGCUUCGAGGCCUAAACCUGAGCAGAGCUUGCUAACAUGGUCAAGACCAUUUAUGCAUGACAAGAGGAAAUUCCACCGGCUGGCCGACCCGGCCCUCCGCGGCAGCUACCCGCCGUCAGCGCUCAACCAGCUGGUGGUGAUCAGCAUCAUGUGCCUGCAGGACCAGCCCCACGUCCGGCCGAUCAUCGCCGACGUUGCCAUAGGCCUGAACCAUGUCGCCAGCCAGCCUUAUGUCUCCUUGGCCUCCCUGGGAUCCCCAGCGCACAGCGGCGGCUCGCCGCACUACGCCCGCACGCCGUCCAGACGGCGAGGCAGCGGCAGCAGGAGGGUCUCGCAGCACGCGUCGUAGCCUGCUAGCUAGUUCUCAGCUCGGCCCGAUGGGUCGGUAGGUCGUUGAGCAACCUGAAACUGUCGAAAUGUCAUGGAGUCGCGGCAGAGGGCUGUAUGAGAGAAGUGACUGUUGAAAAUGGUAGUUGGAGCUGACUCUGUGUGUGUGUGUGUGACUGGUAAAAAUGGUUGUCUGUUUUUUUCGUGUUGUUCCUGGGUUCUGGUAGCUUCUCAUAAAUUGUGUGGUGGUUCUGUACAUAUGAUCAGUCAUGCGUAUUGGUCCUGGGAUGAUAGGGGUGUAUUAUUUUUUGUCAGGUUGUUAUUAUUAGUGGUAUUAAGUUAUGUUUGGGGUGCA